AAAAUGCUUUCUUUCUUUCCGUGUGAAAGGAUCCACUCAGCUUUUGUAAUAGUUACAGUCUACAAAGACAAAAAUAGUUUUUUCUUUAUUUCUAAAUGUAUCUGAUGAACCCUGUAUUUCAUCCUAGAUUGUUAAGAACUGACCUCUUAGAAAAUUGCAUGGCAGGAUCUGUAAAAGUUCAGGUGGUUGAAAUGGGACUGGCAAGCACAACAGUACUUAACUCUGAGAGAUUUCCGGAUCUAGUUCCGAACUCACUUUUCUCCAGUCAGGUUAUUGUAAACAAGUCACGUGCUCGAUGGCGUGCAGUGGUGACCAAAAUUCCCUUGCAAAUUGAAGAUCUGGACAAGGUUCCCGAGAUAUCAAAUGAGAUCAAGAGCAUGCUGAAAUCAAACUCAAAAGUUUUCUUGGGAAAGGAGGUCCCUUACUGUUUCCUGUCUCAUGUAGAAGGUUCUUAUGCAGAACUAACUGUUGGAUGCAAUCUCAGACAUAUGAGCAAAGAUGAAUUGUACUCUACACACCAAGAUAUUCUUCUGCAGUCUGUCCGGAAUAUCAAGAAGCAUGCUACAUUGGGCAGCACAUUCCAAUGUCCUAUAGAUUUCGGGUUUUUGCAGUGUUGUGGGACUGGAGGGUUGCCAUUUUACAUGGAUUCAUGAUAUCUUGAGAUACAAAUCAUGUUUGGUGAUUUCGUGUUUUUGCAUUGUUGUGGGACUGGAGGGUCGCCAUUUUACAUGGAUUGAUGAAGAAAUGGGUAUGACUAGAGGUGUUCAUGGACCGAGCUGAGUCGUAGUUCCAAAAAAUUCUUUACCCGAGCACGGUGUGUUUAUGGCCCUCCAAAGGCCUAUUUUACUGUUUAAAAACAAUGUUUUUAUUUAAUUUAAUUAUAAAAAUAUAUAAAUACUAAUAUAAAAUUAAUUUUUAUAUUUUUAUAAUUUAUAAACCGUAAAACUGACAGUCUCUAAGGUUGACCAUGAACGCCUCUAGGUAUGAUUUGGUAAAGGAUUUUCUUUGCAUAUAUAUUGUUUUGGUAGACAAUAGGACGCCGUAGGACUAGAAACCACAAUUCUAAAUCAUGUGAACUAAUAUUUUAUACAUCGCCAAUUUAGUUGAAAAUGUUUUUCAAGA